AAGGAUGGUGUAUUGAUGGCAAGGUAGACGUUAUUUGCCAGCUGACAAGGAUCGACCAGGACAGAUCAACAACACACAACAGGUUCCGCGCGAACAGCGACCGCUACAUGGAUCAUGGAAUGGAGUACAGCCAACAUAUCGUCGUCGUCGACGUCACACAAUCAAGUAUUCUCUACAGCCAUAUCCACACCACUUGCUCACUCUCUAGUCAACCUCCUCUCUGGCAGUAGUCAUCCUCUCAAGCUAGUCCUUCGUUCGUUCGCGAUGUCUGCACCGGCACGAAGAGCGGUCCCACCACCUCCCGAGGACGAAGUCGUAGAAGGAGCUUCUCCGAACGAACAGAUCUUGUCGGCGGCAAAGGAGGACAACGAGGAGCUCUUCCUGGAAGCUAUCGAGCAGGAGCACGAUAUCAACCACCAGGAUGGACUUGGAAACACAGCACUGCACUAUGCCAUCAUCUACGCCUCGACCACCGUCCUGGAUCACAUCCUCGAACACGACCAGUGCGAUGUAGAUUUGCAGAACAAGUUGCAGAGGGAUACGCCGUUGCAUCUGGCCGUCAAGAUCGAAGAGAACGGGAGGGAGGGUUUGAGGGAGUAUUUGGUGCAACAGCUUGUGGAUGCCGGUGCUAGUCCGAUGAUCCGCGAUAGACACUCUUUACGACCCAUCGACCUCCUUCCUCCACCUCCACCAGGUAGGACCGACAACUCGGAGGUCAGAGCGUUGUUACGAAGAGCCGAGGCGGAAUUGCAGUUGGGUGGAGGUGCCGGUAAGAAUAGCGACGUCGCAGACGACGACGACUUGAUCGACGAAGGCGAUAUCGCUUCGGACGACGAUUAGAUUGUGAACAGUCCGUACUUCCCCCCCGCUCCUCUGCCAUCAUCUUGCCUACCGGUCGGCCUCGGCCUCGUCCGCGUCUGCAUUUCCUUGCAUGUAUCCCCCGCUUGUUUCCCCUGCUGUUCUAUAUCCAUCAUUCCCGAUCUCUUGACGAUCCCUCUCGAUCGAGCUUCCAACAUGCAGCAUCCGUCGGCUUUCAAUUGGGGAGACUGCGAAACGCGGAUGCAAGCACGAAAAAGGGUGGCAAGGGGUGUGACGACGUUUUAGACACCGAAACGGGCAAGACCCGAGCUUCGGUCGCGUCUCGGCGCCUCUUCCGCGAGAGACUCGACUCGGGGGAUUUGGGGACGAAGUCCGCAAGGCCGCACGGUAAUCAAACCCGCCACCUCGUCGUUGCGUGUGAUGAUGGAGGGUGGCAAUCACCGAGCUACUGCGGCGAUCACUGCGUAAACUCCACCCCUUGGU